AUGGUGAAUACUGAAGCCGCAGUUGUGAUCAAUAGCUCCUUCCCUUCAACAAUUGUUACUUCUGCAGCUGCGGCUGCGGCUGCGGUGGCAGUGGCUGCUGAGGUUGAAGUGAUCAAAACUGCCGAGUCGAUGCUCACUAACCUUGACCAGCAAUCCAUUCUCGAUUUUGAUAAGGGUGAUCCGACCAUGUACGAGGCCUACUGGAAAUCAAUUAGUGAUGACUUCAAAAUCACCGUUUCUGCAUCCCAAUGUCUCAGCUACUUCACCAACUCCAAAAGCUUUUGCUGGUUUAUGCUGCCUAAACUUGGGCAAGAAAUCAAGAAUCUCCACAAUUACGUAGGAAACGCCGUAGUCGAAGGUCGCCACAUUGUGGUGGGGAACGGCUCCAGCCAGCUCAUCCAGGCUGCCCUUUACGCCCUUGCUGAACCCCUCGACCCCCCAAGCCACAUCAACGUCGUGUCCGCUGCUCCCUUCUACUCCUGCUAUCCGCAGAUAGCAGACUACGUUAGAUCUGGGUUGUUUAAGUGGGGAGGCGAUGCUCAUGCUUACGUCGACCAUGAUGAACAGCCUUACAUCGAGAUGGUCACUUCCCCCAACAAUCCUGAUGGCGAACUAAGGGGCUCUGUUGUGAAUAAAGCCAAUGGCAUGCUCGUUCAUGACCUUGCAUACUAUUGGCCUCAGUACACGGCCAUUACAAAGCCUGCUGAUCACGACAUUAUGCUCUUCACCGCUUUGAAAUGCACCGGACACGCGGGGUCUGUUGGAUUAUUUGAUUCACAAAAAAUAUAG